CCGAGCAGCGCACCACAACAAUAUCGCCGUGGCAUUGUUCCAGCAUCGACACUUUGUCGGCUCCCGUGAGCCCGCUGGCCGACGCUGGGAAAGUGCCGAAGGCCAUUGCAUCUCACCGUCCAAGGUCGCCCGUUCGUUCCCGUGUCCGUGCCGCUGGAGUGUGAAUGUGACAGCUCCACUUCACUUCCUACCAUCCAGGAACCCUCGAUUUGCGCGCGCCGGCACGUGAAAAAAAGGCUUCGGAAAACUGCACGCCACAACCGUCUGGUCCAACGUUGCACCGCGCGCUCCAUUGACACGCACAAUACCACCCACAGCACCACCGACCACGACACGUACACACGCCUGCUAAGCCUCGCCCUCGCCCUCGCCCUCGCCCUCGCCCUGCUGCGCUGAGAGCUGCGUUGGCAAAAGACACAUUCCUUGCAAACCGAGAUCAACGCGCGCCACCUCGCCAACAAUCUGAGAAUCGGCUGCAGGAGUCUGAGCUGCUAUUGGCGCAGGAGUGAGCUUCGUGAUACAGGUACAGAGCGGCGCGGCGGACACGUGAAGGAGACACUGUGAGAGACCUCUGCGGCGAGCGUGAAGACCGCCCAGCAUGGUGGUCGCGACGAUAAAAUGCGUGGUUGUGGGUGACGGUGCCGUGGGCAAAACGUGCCUGCUCAUAAGUUAUACCACCAACAAGUUUCCGUCGGAAUAUGUACCGACAGUAUUCGACAAUUAUGCAGUAACGGUGAUGAUUGGCGAUGAACCGUACACUCUUGGACUUUUCGAUACCGCUGGACAAGAAGAUUACGACCGUCUACGACCGCUAUCAUACCCCCAAACCGACGUGUUCCUCGUUUGCUUUUCAGUCACAUCGCCUGCGUCCUUCGAGAACGUCAGAGAAAAGUGGUUUCCAGAAGUACACCACCACUGUCCUGGCGUGCCAUGCCUGAUUGUGGGCACACAGACGGAUUUGAGAGAUGACCCACAAGUGCGAGAAAAGCUCGCAAAGCAAAAGAUGCAGCCUGUCAGGAAGGAAGAUGGCGAGAAGAUGGCUAAGGAACUCGGUGCCGUUAAGUACGUCGAGUGCUCGGCGUUGACGCAGUUCAAGCUCAAGGAUGUUUUCGAUGAGGCCAUCGUGGCUGCUUUGGAGCCUCCAGCAGUGAAAAAGCAGAAGCGAAAGGGCAAGGGCUGCACGAUACUGUAGGCGAUGACGAAGAAGCCUCGCAGAUGGAAGACGACACGGCUACUACGAGAGCGAAACGGCCAGCAAUGCGAUGCGACACCAUUCUUCCGGAUCAUACCAGUUGGGCGCGCGGCGUUUUAAAGAUGGAGCGAAUUCUCAGGACUACUGCUACACAAGGCACUCAUACCAGGUUUUCCCGUACAGCCUUGAUUUGUUUUGUUGUUGCAUUCUCUUCAAAGCCCGCUUUAGCUUUUUUUGUUGACUGGAAGCUUCAUUUUUCUUUGGUUUCCUUGAUGGGAGAUCGAGAAAUCUUUGAGGGGAUGUCCAUGGUCAGACCGAUUCGAGCAGCUCUGAGGCUCACCCACUCCCACGAGGCAUAUAUUGACCGCUCAUAUCUUCCAGCUGCCUGCUUGCAGAUAUCGUCGUUGACGUUGGAUAUCUGCGAUAACAAAUUCAAUGACUCGGUCAUCGAUGCCAAGACCUCGCUAACAACGCCAAGUCGGCGCUUCAGGCGAAUAAUCACUCUCUAUCUGCUUUGCGGGAAUCUUUCGAAGCGCGCUUCACUGCUUGGUCCGUACAGGUCAUUUGGAGAAGCAUCCUAUUGUAAGAUGAACAAAAACGACGAUAGCUACUUAACAGAGAGUCAAUCUGGCGAGCCGCUGUUUACAAUCGACACAGUCCCUCUCCCACAUCUUGCGGCAACGCUGAGUGAAUGGUCGAGCUGCUGCUGCUACGGUCUCUCAACGGCUCUGCAUGAGAUGCUGUGCCUUCCGCAUUGGGCCCAACGCUCAACUUCACAUGGGCGUUAUAUCGCUUUCUCGCUUCCUUUGAAUUCUUCCCCUCUUCCUCCCCAGCUGACCAUCAAUAGUAAGUUCCGGGCACUCCUGGCCAUUGGAACCGCCGAGCCGACCGCCUCCUCUGCGCCUUCGGCUGUCGCUAACAUGAGUGACAGGCUCUCCCGCUCCCCUUCCGCUCGCUCGAAGCGCAAGACGAGCACCAAGCACCGGCCCUCCCUUUCGGCAGUACCUGAGGACAUGGGCGACACGAGGGCCGACGAGGCCGAUGCCCUCCUCUCGCUGCAAAGUCGGCAGCCAGGCCGCAAUGCGUUUUCGGAGGAGGCCCUCCGCCACAACAGGUACAUGCUGGCGACGAACGCGUUUGUUCAGCAGGAAUUCUCGCGGAGGGAAAAUACUCCGCCAAGCAUCGUCCACCCUGCGCUUCGUCACAACUUCAACCUCCUCGACACCGCACAACCACUGCCAACACUCGAUCCAGAGGAAGUCGCGCGCCAUAUGGCAACACUUCCACGCGACUCAGAUGUCACCACAAUGAGCCCAUUUCUUGCCGCUGGCCAGGAAGAGUCGCCUGUCCUCGACUUGGGCACCACGCCAGAAAACACGCCGCAACCCACACAGCGUGCAUUCAUAGAAGAUCGCCGCGAGUCGCACGAUCACAAGCAACUAGGCCGGGAAGAACAGCGCGUACCUGUAUACACGCACACCCCCAAGCCCGCUGCAGAAGAGUUUGCCACACCUCAGACCACCUCCACCAGGAAGACUGAUGAGAUCAAGGCGCAGCAGCAGACGCCAGCGACCAAGAGUCCUAAGAAAGGCUUUUUCAGCCGGCUCGGAUGGAGCGCUCGCAGCAAAGCUGUCACUCCGCAGCCGAUAGCAGAUGGAGUUGUGGAGUCACCUGAUGGAACUCAAAUGAGCGUCAAGGCACGCGCUAUGCUCGUCGACCCACCACCAAUUCGAGGCCUCAUUCGCUCACCAUCAAAGCCGAAAGGCCUCUUCUCCCGCCGCACUUCGGAUGCUGCUGACAUCACAUCGGCGACAAAGCGAUCAGACCCGCCUCGCGCUGCAACAUCUCUCGGGCAUCGAACACCCCAGAACAUCACAUGGCAAUUACCGCGAUCGACAUCAAAGAAGAAGCUUGAUGCCGCCCGAAAAGCGAACGACGAGCGCACACAGCGUAAUACACAGGCCAACACCGCCCUCGGCCGUUCUCACAGUCUAAAGCACCAAGAUGACGGGAAGGCUCCGCCCACGCCACCAGCAAAAGACACGCCGCCAGAGGUGCUUGCACAGAGAAGGCUGGCUCAACAGUCUCAGCUUGCUCAAAGCAUCAGCAAUGAUACGCCUACGAGAACACCACAGGUUGUUACUCCAAGCAUCUCGAUCACUCCCACCUCCAGGCAGGCUAGCUUCGGCAAUCGCGGUCAAGGCACUCUGGUCACUCAAGCAAGCAUGUACUCCAUGCGGGCGUCUGUGGUUGCGGACGCCAUGGAUCCAUCUGCAUUUAAUGACGCCAAGUCACGAAUUAACGCACUUGGCAUCGAAGGCUUCAGUAUGCCAAAUGAAUGCAAUCAGCGCCGAAGCGUCAUCGAAUACUCUCCCAGCGCUUACUCGCCAGACACUAACCGCAACUCUGUGCUUCACUUUCCUGGGCGUGCCGGUAGUCGCAUGGAGAAGAAGCUUCAGCUCCAGACCUCAAUGAACACUCUUCGUGAACCAGCCCACAACGCCCAGGACAGCCUCUCUACUACAGGAACCAUCCCUGUAUUCUAUCCUGAACUGGCCAAAGACCCUUCCAUUGCCUCCUUCAUGGAGUAUGAUUCGAGCAUAUUGAUGCCACCGGAAGUUCCUGACUCCGAGUCCCCUUCGCCGCAACCUGGUGAGUUCGACCGAGCCUAUAUCGAUGUACAAAAUAUGGUCAAAGACGAAACCGUGGAGAGCCCAGUCAGCGCUCACUCGGAAGCAUCGACUGAAGGCUUGUUUGCAAUCCCACUCAAACGCACGCCGCAGCGACCAGAGCAGUCCCCAAUGACCAACCAUCCCAGCGCAAUGCCAUCACCGCUGCGAAAUAGCUCAGGCGAAGCAUAUCUUCCCUCUUCGACCUUCCAGCCACCAGUACCUUGGCCGAAGCGAGACGCCAAGACUCCUCAGAGACUACGCUUACAGAAAGUGUCGGAAGAGCAGAAGAUCUCCGAUAGUCUACCCUCCCCAGACGAACUUCCAUGGACUCCCGGUGGUCGACCAAAGCCGAAACCCAGCAUCUUCGACAACAGACCAAACCUAACCCGACCCAAAGACCUCGUCAUUCGACAAUCCCCACCAAUGGGCAGAGCCAAAUGGCUAGUGAAACCCAACGACAACAUCGAUCCCGAAAAAUCUCCUCGUGCGCACUCCUCCCCAUCUCCUCGCGCUCCCAGCUCGCUGCAAAAAAGCCGAUCAAAGGAUAGCGAUCAAUUUCAAGAACUCUCCGACCGAGUUCUCAGCAUGGCGCAAGAUUACGAAAGUAAAAUCGAAGAGCUGAAUGAUUCGGCUCGAGCGGAGAAUGCUCGACUUCAUCAGCGUUUGGCUUCUAUCGAAAUCGCCACUGCGAUUCCGAAACCUGAAAUCUGCUUUGGUGGUGGUGGUGAUGAUGACGACACUCAAGUCCCUGGUAGUGGCAGUAGACGGACCAGCGCGGAAAAGAAACGUCAUGUCAGCGCCUCGGAGAAGAAGAAGAAGAAGAAGUCCAAGAUGGCUCCUGAGAAACGUGUCUCGACGGGCAUCGCUCAGGACUUUUAUCGUGCCGCUUCCAAAGGUCAGUCGCACUCGCCUGUGGAUAGUAUCGCGACCACCGAAAAGUCUACUAUCAUCCUCACGCCCAAUCUUCCAAGGCCGGAUUCUCAGACUGUGUUGCUGCCUCAGCCUGCGGCUUCUUCUUCUUCGCCUGCUCCGCCUAGUGUUGGGAGUGAUACGGGAGUUGAUAGGCUUUUUGCUAUUGUGGAGCGCCAGCAGCAGAUGAUGAUGGAUAUGAUGCAGGAGAUUCGGGAUUUGAAGCGUCAGGGUGGUGGUGGUGGUGGGGAUGAGACGAGCUUGUCGUUGGUAUGGAUGCGAUUGCAUUGGAGAAAGAGAAAGAUGACCAGUGUGCUCUGGGGCUAUCCUAAUUGCUGCAUAGACGCACUGUGGCGUUUUUGCAGCUCGUCGUUGGUACACGUAUGUUCAUUUGUUCUUGGAGUCAUGGCCAUAGAGCAAGAUCCCCCAAGACUCGUCCGCAUUCUGAGUCCGUUUUGA